GUUACUCUUUUUCCGGACUGUACAUAGCAGCCGCUUUUCAAGAUGGCGUCUCAGCAGCAGCAGCCCGGUGGGCCGAUGUCUCAGCCCGGAUUACAACAGCCUUCUUCAUUACAACAACAACAACAGCAGCAGCAGCAGCAGCAAUUGAGCCAACAGCAAGACUUUGACCCAGUUCAUAGAUUUAAAAUGCUUAUUCCACAGCUGAAGGAGAGUCUGCAGAAUGUAAUGAAGAUUGCGUCCCUGAAUUUGGCCCAUAACACUACAAUUGACAACGGCAUCAAAAGCAGCGACACCUCUGUUCAGCGCUUUGACAAGAGCCUAGAGGAGUUUUAUGCCCUUUGCGAUCAACUGGAGCUGUGUUUGCGGCUGGCAUAUGAGUGUCUCUCCCAGAGCAUUGACAGCGCCAAACAUUCACCCAACCUGGUCCCAACAGCCACCAAGCCGGACACCGUGCAGACAGAGUCCAUGUCUUAUGCCCAAUACCUCGGCAUGAUCAAGUCUCAGAUCUCCUGUGCCAAAGAUAUCCACAAUGCUUUGCUGGAGUGCUCCAAGAAGAUUGCAGGGAAGGUGCAGCCUCAGGGAAUCAUGUAGACCUGUUUUAACUAUCCCAUCGCUUUCUAAAUCUGGUGACAUUUUUGACAAGGAUGAUGGAUUUCAUAUUUGGGGCUGUCCAAUAUUCAGAUCUCAGUUAUGGUCAAUAUGCUGUUUCAUUUCUUUUUAUUUAAAGUAAGUUAUGUUUCUUGUAAACGCUCUGUAAAUAUUCCUGACAAAAUAUCAUGUUCUAAGAUGACCAGCAGGUGGUGGCGGAGUUUUAACUGCCAACUCAGUAUUCACAAGUCUUUUGUAGUUUAUUUGUAUUGAAUAUUAAAACCUUUGUACUGAUA